GGGGCCUCGAAGACUUCUCUGAGCGUCCGUCAGAUCUCCAACGUGGGGUCGAGAUCGACCAAGUUCCACGGCGUGCCCUGGAGUCCAGUGUCCAGCCCCGGUGACCUCGCCGCCGCCGCUGCCUCUCUGCUGAGCGUUUCGGGUGGGAGCGACCGCCGGAAAUCCCUCGCCCCCUCUGGAGCCGAGGAGUCAUCGAGGGUCCUGGAGCGAUGGAUCCUUCAGAAAGCUCGCCCUCUGAUCGCAAAGAAGAAGAGCAGCCGGCGGCGUCCCUGCCGCUGCCGGCCGCCUUCCUCGAGUUCCUCGGCGACAACGGCCUGGACCCUAUGCUCUACUCCGCGUCCGACACCAUCCCGCGCUACAUCAGGUUGAAACCAGGCGUGGAGUCCAGGAUGGUGUCGGAGAUCGAGAGCGAGCUCAAGUGCGAGCUAUGGAAGGUUCCUUGGCUGCCGAAUUUCUAUGCGAUUCCCCCUGAAGUUCAGAUUGCUGGCUCCAAGGCUUAUCAGCAAGGGAAGAUCUAUGGAAUUGAUGCAGCUUCUGGAGCUGCUAUCUUAGCACUUGAUGUUCAACCAGGAGACCAUGUUCUUGACCUCUGUGCUGCCCCAGGCGCGAAGCUUUGCAUGCUUGCAGAUAUGCUUGGUAACACAGGUUCUCUGACUGGUGUUGAUGUUGCAAAGCACCGUCUUGCAGCCUGCCGUACGAUGUUGCAGAAGUAUUCUCUUGGAGAUCGUAGUAGACUCUUUGUUGCCAACGGGACAUUUUUUUCUAUAUUGCCUUCGAAUUCAAGUCUUGGGAGCAUAGAAGAGUCAACUGGUAUCAAGGACAAUGGGAGCAUAUUCUCAGAAUGGACUUCAAAGAGAUCAUGGAAAGAGAGACAGAAGUCUAAAAAGGCAAAGGCAGCUGGUUCACCUCAUCCACCCUCAACUUCUGAACCUGAACUAAUAUAUUAUGGCAAAGAUUCAGGAUUAGUAGGAGUGCGAAAAUGUGAUGUUCUUUGUCCGUCAGCUGAUGUUGAUGCCUGCACAUCUGGCUAUGAUAAGGUCCUAGUGGAUGCAGAGUGCACUCAUGAUGGAUCGAUAAAACACAUCCAGAAGUUUGAGUUCUGGGGAUGGGAAACAAUGGAUCGACGUGUACUUGAUGCACAAAGAAUUGACAACCUGCUCCAUCUUCAGUUGCGUCUUCUCAUAAAUGGUUUUAGAUUACUGAAAACAGGUGGAUCACUUGUAUAUAGUACUUGUAGCUUGACCGUCGCACAAAAUGAGGAUGUCAUUCGGCAAUUUCUUUUGAAAUAUCCUUCAGCAGAGCUGCAAAGUGUGGACGGAGCCGAUAGCUGGCCCUGCAGAAGCGGCAGCAUCCAGAAAACCUUGAGAUUUGAUCCUGGCACUUCACAAACCAGCGGUCUUUUUGUUGCUAAGCUCAUCAAGUUGCCGUCUUAGAGCAUAGUAUUCCGAUGCUCAUUGCGAGAUAUCACAACCAAAUACCCAACAAAUGUCUCUCUUUUUUCGCAGAUUAUGUGUAUGCUAGUUCACAGGUGAAAAAGAAACAAAUGACGGAACAAGUUUAAGUGCGGUCUUUGACUUGACUAUUACAUAUUGGUUUAACAUUAGGGUGAUCAAGACCAAUGAAGGGCCGUUUGUUUCUGUAUU